AUGAUCGGGGUGACGGUCGCGCUGCUUCUCGCGUGCUCGUCGUUUGUGUUUGGCAUUUUGUGGGUGCACUGGCGCGCAGACUAUGUGAUGCUCUGGCAGGGUACUGUUUCGCAGCGUGCGCUGCUCGACGCGCUGCACUACUAUACCAACACGGUGGGCUCUUCCCCGGAAAAGUAUGCCACGGUGCUCGUGACGAUCGGCACGAUCCAGACGCUCGUGCUGCUCUUCAAGAUGUUUGCGGGGAAGGAGACCAACUGGCUCUUUGAUGGUGCCAGCCUGUUCCUGGUGAUUGCGAGCGGUAUCCUGUACAAGAACAAGCUGCUCCCUUUCAUCGAGUCGCUCCCGGUCACCCUGCCGCCGCCGCCGGCGAACCCAGUGGGUGACUUUCAGGAGACGCUCACGUCGCUGCGCGACGUGGCCAGUGCGCAUCUAUUGUUAUCACUCGCAUUGAUCGGUAUUGUGCUGCUCCAGUGCGGCAAGUACUACAGCGAACGCUUGCAAGAGCGCGAGCGGAACGAAGAGGUAGAUGCGCGUCUCGUGCGCCGCUUGCGCCAGCUGCAGCACGACGAGCGCGUGCGGAACGGCGAGGCGAACCCCAAUGCGGCGCCGUCGCCGGGCGGACCGGGGUCCAGCACGUAA